AUGAGACUAGAAAAGACUUGUUCAUCCUCUCUUGCGAAAAACCAAAAUUUUUGUAUUCUUCUUAUAAAUAAUAGUUUUGGGCGUCAUCAUCUCGGACCGCCCGUGCUCCCCGCCCGGCACCUUCACCCGCAACGCCUUUGUCGCCGCACCCGUCGUCGUUUCCAAAGAGGUGCUCGCCAAAGGGCGUGGAAUUGCCCGAGGUUUGGUCGUCAACUCUGGGUGCGCUAACGCCGUCACGCGGUCCAAGGGACUCAAAGAUGCUCGCGCCAUGAGCGAUCAACUCGAUUCGUUCGUCGGCGAGUCAAACUCGUCCUCCGCGACGGGGACCCUUGUCAUGUCGAUCGGCGUGAUCGGUCAACUACUACCGAUCAAGAAGAUUCUUAAUGGUAUCACCUCAUCGACCGCGACGUUGGGAUCGACCCACUCGGCCUGGCUCGAUGUGAAAGGCACGAGAUCGCUCUCGAGCCUCACUGAUUCCGAGUCCAAACUGAAAGGAUCAAACGGUGUAAUUCGCAGGCGAAGAAAGACUACUAA